UAGACUAGAAAAUUUGACACGCUCAGGUACUAUUUUGAAAAGACAUUGGAGUGGGAUUGGGGUUCCGAGACCCACAAACCUGGCCACCAUUUUAAUUGAAUCCCAAUCGAACAGCUGACGUACCGCAGGCCCCGUUAGUUUUUCCGAUCGCGUUGCAUAUCAUAUCUCCCAUUACAGCGCUGCAGUCGAAUCAAACCGGUUUGUCUUGUCACCUCUCGAUUUUUCGGUGGUCUCGCAUUGCUUUUAUUUUGCUCCUCGGGUGCCAACGAACUCGCUGGGUCUUUGCUACCACCAUCACCUUUCAUCCUUUCAUUCAGUUCAAUUCAGUUUGGGAUUAGAGCAAUAUGAAAAACGUUUUGGAUGUAAUGUCGUUGCAGCAGCACGUGGAGUCGAACAAGGCGCAGACCAUGAAGCCCAUCGACUAUCGCAAACUGAACAAACCCGGUGUGGUUCCGAUGUACAUCUUCGAGUGCGCCGCCAAGUUGAAAAUGAAACCCCUGACGGCUGCCUGUGCGGCCAUCGUUUACCAUCGUUUCUUCCGGGAGGUCAAGGCCAGUGACUACGAUGAGUUCGUGGGUACACCAUCUACCAGAAAUCAAUCUCAUCUCACAAGUAUCCCUCUUAAAUCCCCAGCUCAUCGCCGCCUCAUCGCUGUAUUUGGCUGGGAAAAUCAAGGACGACGAAAGCGUCAAGAUACGCGAUGUAAUCAACGUGGCAUAUUGCACCCUGAACCGGGAUAA